AUGGAUUAUCAUUAUGAACAGAAUAGUGAGGUAGAAGCGUUGGACUCUAUAUAUUACGGCGACAUGAAAAUUUUAGAGACAGAACCAUUCCACAAAUUUUGUAUACCGAUAAUGUCAGAAGGUUACGAAGGUACCGGUGAAGGACUCGCUUGUCAACUUACUUUUACUUACACAUCUAAAUAUCCAGAUGAAUUGCCACUGGUGGAAAUAGAAAAUGAAGAAAACUUCGAUGGUGUGGAUAAAAACCAAUUGUUAGAACACUUAAUUGAUCAGGGGAAACAAAAUCUAGGCAUGGUCAUGGUAUUUACAUUAGUGUCUGCAGGACAAGAGUGGCUUAAUGAGAAGUGGGACAGCAUUAAAAAAGAAAAAGAAGAAAGGGUUCUUGCUAAAAUAAGAGCUGAUGAGGAAGCCGAACAGAAAAGAUUCGAAGGAACCAGGGUAACAGUAGAAUCAUUUUUGGCCUGGCGGAAACAGUUUGAAAUGGAUAUGGGUAUUCCUGCUAAAAGGGAAAGAGAAGGAAAAGACAAAAAUAAACUUACAGGCAAAGAAUUAUUCCUGAGGGACACAACACUCAAUGAAUCAGAUCUUAAAUUUCUGGAUGAUGGCGAUGCUGUCAAAGUCGACGAGUCCCUAUUCCAAGACAUGGAUGAUUUGGAGUUAUCUGAUGACGAUGAAGAUGACGAGGACUAUGUGCCCGGUCAGAGCUGUAGUGAAAGUGAUUAG